CUUUAACGCCAGCGGAACCUUUACGUCGUGACUUCACCAAAGGGGACUUUUUAAAAGAGAACACCAGUGUUUCCGGUUAACUUGUUUUGAAUUUUAGUUAGAUUUGGAGCGUGGAUUUGACGGUUAAAACAGAUAUGUCCACGUUAUUCCCAUCUCUUUUCCCACGAAUAACGGAGUCCCUGUGGUUUAACCUGGACCGACCCUGUGUGGACGAGACUGAGCUUCACCAGCAGGAACAGCAGCACCAAACUUGGUUGCAGAGCAUUGCAGAGAAAGACAACAACUUGAUGCCCAUUGGGAAACCUAUUUUUGAGGCAGGGUAUGAAGAGGAGGAUGAGGAGGACGAUGAAGAUGAGGAGGACAGCGAGGAAGACUCUGAAGAUGAAGAAGACAUGCAGGACAUGGACGAGAUGAAUGAUUACAAUGAGUCCCCAGAUGAUGGCGAGAUUAACGAGGUGGACAUGGAAGGAGCAGAACAAGACCAAGAUCAAUGGAUGAUUUAGGUGAAAAAAAAAAAAUUAGCUUUUACCAAGUUUGCUCUUAUUUUAAAAACCCAACUCCUGACCCUUGUAUCUUGAUGUUAUUCUUCAGGUUAAAGUUGCAU